AAGAGCUUCUUCAGACGCGCGCAGCGAAAUACACAACCAUCGCGAAAACUCGAAGAUUUACUUAGAAUGCUGUGAUAGAAUAUGUCGCGGUAUGAAUAAUCUGAAACUCAGUUUCUAUGUAGUUUGUAGGACCGACGAAAUAACAUUGAUUACUGCCAGAUAGUUUCACUAUAAGCAUUUCUAGACGAUAUUAGGCUACUCCUCUUGGAGAUUAAUAGGCUACUUCUCAAAUCCGGGAGAGUUGCUCUAUGGAGUGAGACCCGUGUUGCAAAUGUAUUUCGUUGUUUGAAACUCAAUAACAACUUUCUUGAUUUUAUUGAACAAGAGAACUGGGACGUCGGCUUCAGCUCGCCUCUGGAGUCAUCCCUGACAAAAAGCUGGACAUAAAACUCCGGUAGAAUGAGCACGGAUAAAAACAAGGUGGAGGAUGAGGCGGUGUUGGACAGAGGUGCGUCCUUCGUCAAGCAUGUCUGUGAUGAGGAGGAAGUGGAAGGUCACCACACUGUGUACAUCGGCGUACACGUGCCCAAGAGCUACCAGCGGAGGCGGCGCCACCGACGCAAGUCCAGCCACAAGGAGAGGAAGGAGAGGCCGGUGGAGAACGUAGAUGGGGACAAAACGGACGGAGAGAAUGCUGAUGAGGCAGCGCCCAACAUCCUCAAACCUCUCAUCUCCGCAGCAGCAGAGAGGAUCAGGUUCAUCCUGGGUGAGGAGGAUGACGGACCCCCGCCCCCUCAGCUCUUCACUGAGUUGGACGAACUGCUGGCCGUCGAUGGACAGGAGAUGGAGUGGAAGGAGACAGCCAGGUGGAUAAAAUUUGAGGAGAAGGUGGAAAAGGGAGGCGAGCGUUGGAGUAAGCCCCACGUGGCCACCCUGUCCCUUCACAGUCUGUUUGAGCUGAAGACCUGUAUCGAGAAAGGCACCAUCCUGCUGGACCUGGAGGCCUCCACUCUACCACAGGUGGUUGAGUUGAUCACUGACAGCCAGAUCGAGAUUGGUCAGCUGAAGGCCGAGCUGAAGGAUCAAGUCAUGUACACGUUGCUACGAAAACAUCGUCACCAGACCAAGAAGUCCAACCUGCGCUCUCUUGCCGACAUCGGCAAGACGGUGUCCAGUGCAAGCAGGCUGUUUUCCAACCAAGACCAGAACGGUAGCCCAGCCACAACCCAUCGGAACCUGACCUCUAACAGCCUCAACGACUUCUCUGACCAACCAGAUCGAGACCAGCUGAGGAAUAAGUUUAUGAAGAAGCUUCCUCGUGAUGCCGAGGCAUCUAACGUCCUGGUCGGAGAGGUGGACUUCCUGGACACGCCCUUCGUGGCGUUCGUCCGUCUGCAGCAGGCUGUCAUGUUGGGAGCUCUGACAGAGGUCCCCGUCCCUACCAGGUUUUUAUUCGUGCUGCUGGGGCCCAAAGGAAAAGCCAAUUCUUACCAUGAGAUCGGACGUGCUAUCGCCACCCUCAUGUCUGAUGAGGUGUUCCAUGACAUUGCCUACAAGGCCAAGGACAGACAGGACCUGCUGGCGGGCAUCGAGGAGUUCCUGGAUGAGGUCAUUGUCUUACCCCCAGGGGAGUGGGACCCUGACAUCAGGAUAGAACCCCCCAAAUCCCUGCCCUCGUCUGACAAGAGGAAGAACCAGUAUAAUGCUGGGGGUGGAGGGGAUGGUCCCCAGAUGAAUGGGGACACACCGGGACAUGACGGGGGCCAGGGAGGAGGGGGACAUGGACAUGUCGGAGAAGAGCUCAUGAACACUGGGAAGUUUUGCGGCGGCCUCAUUCUGGACAUCAAGCGGAAGCUGCCUUUUUUCGCCAGUGAUUUCUACGACGCCAUUCACAUCCAGUCGCUGUCCGCCAUCUUAUUCAUCUACCUGGGCACUGUAACCAAUGCAAUCACCUUCGGAGGGUUGCUAGGAGACGCUACGGAAAACAUGCAGGGUGUGUUGGAAAGUUUCCUGGGCACGGCAGUGACAGGGGCCUUAUUCUGUCUGCUGGCUGGCCAGCCUCUCACCAUCCUCAGCAGCACCGGUCCUGUACUGGUGUUUGAAAGGCUCCUCUUCAACUUCAGCAAAGACAAUGACUUUGACUACCUGGAAUUCCGGCUGUGGAUCGGCCUAUGGUCAGCUUUCUUUUGCCUGGUGCUGGUUGCCACAGACGCCAGCUUCCUGGUCCAGUACUUCACGCGCUUCACGGAGGAGGGCUUUUCAUCCCUCAUCUCAUUCAUCUUCAUCUAUGAUGCCUUCAAGAAGAUGCUGAAGCUGGCCCACUACAACCCCAUCAAUGCUGAUUACGACCCUAACUACGUCACAACGUACGACUGCCGCUGCAUGCCCCUACCGGACGACGGAAAUAUGACAGGUAUCUAUAGCGAUGUCUCUUCCUGGAUAAAUGAUACUGAUCUGCCGGUAAAUGCCACGUGGGCGUCUCUCGAUAAGGAACAGUGUGUGAAAUAUGGUGGUGAGCUGAUUGGUCCAGCCUGCGGCUUCGUCCCCGACGUCACUCUGAUGUCAUUCAUCCUUUUCCUGGGGACCUACACUUGCUCCAUGUGUCUCAAGAAGUUCAAGUUCAGCCGCUUCUUCCCCACCACUGUGAGGAAACUGAUCAGUGAUUUUGCCAUCAUCCUGGCUAUUGUCAUCUUCUGUGGUGUGGAUGCCUUGGUCGGAGUGGACACACCCAAGCUCAUCGUGCCAACUGAAUUCAAGCCCACCAGCCCCAACCGUGGCUGGUUCGUGCCCCCGUUUGGAGGGAACCCGUGGUGGGUGUAUCUGGCUGCAGCCCUCCCUGCUCUCCUGGUCACCAUCCUGGUGUUCAUGGACCAGCAGAUCACCGCUGUCAUCGUCAACAGAAAGGAGCACAAACUCAAGAAAGGGGCAGGCUACCACUUGGACCUGUUCUGGGUAGCAGUACUACUCAUUGUGUGUUCCUUCAUGGGCCUGCCCUGGUACGUGGCUGCCACUGUCAUCUCCAUCGCCCACAUCGACUCUCUGAAGAUGGAGACCCAGUGCUCGGCUCCUGGGGAGCAGCCCAAGUUCCUGGGUGUCAGGGAGCAGAGAGUGACCGGUGUCAUUGUCUUCGUUCUGACUGGACUGUCUGUCUUCAUGGCUCCCAUCCUCAAGUUCAUCCCUAUGCCCGUGCUCUAUGGCGUGUUCCUCUACAUGGGUGUGGCAUCUCUCAACGGUGUCCAGUUCAUGGAUCGCCUGCAGCUUCUCCUGAUGCCUGCCAAGCACCAGCCUGACCUGAUCUACCUGCGCCACGUUCCCCAGCGUCGCAUCCACCUGUUUACCUUCAUACAGGCUCUCUGUCUCGCCCUCCUCUGGGUCCUUAAGUCCACUGUCGCUGCCAUCAUCUUCCCUGUCAUGAUCUUGGCCUUGGUGGCGGUCAGAAGGGCCAUGGACUACAUCUUCUCCCAGCACGACCUCAGCUACCUGGACGAUGUCAUCCCGGAGAAAGACAAGAAGAAGAAGGAGGACGAGAAGAGGAAGAAGAAGCAGAAGAAAGGAAGCAUCGACAGUGAAAUCGAUUUUCCCUCUGAGUACCCCUACAAUGACAAUAUCCCCAGUAUUAAAAUCUCCAUGGAUAUAAUGGAGACGGAGCCCAUGUUGGGGAAUAAGGAUAAGACCUCAGACAGACCCCCGCCGUCUUUCCUUGACCCUCACUCAGCAUGCUGAGGGCUACUUUAAGCCCACUACUGUUGCAAGGUAACUAUUCUGAAUCCAUUAAAAAAAGCAGCGCCUCAGAUUAGGAUAGAACUGGAGCAGGAGGACAAAAGCUUCUUCUGGAAAAAACAGGCUCCGG